AUGUUAAUUCCUACGAAAUUGUUAUUUGUGUUGACUGUUUUAGCGCCAACUUUAAUUGAUGCAUCCAAAGCACCAAAGGUUAAAAAGAAUCCUAAGAAUAUUGUUGCCAUUGCUGAUUUUCCUUUUGGUGGUGAUAAAUUUGUUAAAGGUAAUAUUGUGUUUAGCGCCAAGGAUGGUAAAACUGUUCAAGUUCAUGUUGAUAUGACUGGUUUACCUGCUGAAGGAGGUCCAUUUUUCUAUCAUAUACAUGAAAAUUCUAUCCCUGGAAAUGGUAAUUGUGAAGCUGCUGGUUUACAUUUUAAUCCUUAUGAUGCUUCUCCUGAUUGUGGUAGUCAAAAAGAUGAUUCAAGAUGUCAAGUUGGUGAUUUGUCUGGUAAACAUGGUUGGAUUAAUACCACUUGUUUUGAAGAUAAGUAUGAAGAUCCAUUCUUAUCAUUAAAUAAAAAAUCGAAAUCAUUUAUUAUUGGUAAAUCAAUUGUUUUCCACUUUGCAAAUUUAACUAAAUACGCUUGUUCUGAUAUUGAACCUGCCUCAAAUUUAAGAAUUGCUGGUCUUAUUGAAGAAUAUAAAUCCAAUAAUGAUUUAGUUGAUGUACAAGAAUUUGAAGAUUAUGAAGAACAAGAUUAUGAUUUUGAUGAAGAAGAAGGACUUGAAGCUGAAGUUUUUGAAUUAACUGAAGAAGAAGAGCAACAACUUCAAACUCAAAGACAACUUGAACAACAAUUAGAAGAAGAAUCUUCAGCUUUUGAUGAUGUUAUCAUUCAGCAAGAGAUUGAAGCUUAUGCAAAUCAUUCUACUAAUUUAACUUCCCCCAGCUUUAAUUUUACUACUGGUAGAUUGAAUCUCAGUAAUGAAACAAAUCUUACCUCAUUUGAUUAUGAAAAUAGUGCCACUUCCAUUAUAAGAUUUGGGUUAGCAUCCGCUAUUGCUGGUGUUGUUAAUCUUUUCAUAUGA